UCUUCACUUAUCAAGAGUGGGUAUAUGGUUAUUGGAAUUGUUAAAGAGUUCGGUCAGAAGUAUUGCCGGAUUAUUAUAGAAAGUGGGCAAACGCUGGCCAACUCCAAGUGGACCUGGCUUACUAUUGAGAGGACCAGAAUCCGGGUGGAAACUGUUUGCAAUAGAGGAAUUCAAUAUCUUGAAGAGUUUACAGUUAUUAAGGAUCCAGGAAGGAGAGACGUCGUCAUUGUAUAUCAUCCUCCUCCUCUCGCGUGUAUUACCCAGUUUGUUUUGAUACAAACACCUGUCAGUCAAGUUGUUUCUGCUGCCUGUCCUCUUGGCUCAUUUGAGCUUUUAGCUUGCUUUGAUUUUAGUAGCGGUCUUUAAUAUCUCUAAUCUCUUGAGAAGGUAGCAAUGUUCUACAAGCAUCGAAGCAUAUUAUAUACAAUUACAAUCAGAAUUAAAAAAAAGAAAAUUAAUGGAUCCUUGUUUA